GUCGAUAAAUAUCACGUGACGUACACAGACACGACCGGUCGUCGUAGCGAGAAACACUGUGAGCUAAAUAGACUCUUUGGUCUGAAAUACUUACGUAGACUUACAAGUCAGGCAGAGUAAAGCCUCUACAAAGUUAGCAAUUGUUUAUCUAAAGGAGCAGGUUUGUCAAGAUGGCUGAGCCAGACGAAAGAGAGUGUGCCGUGUGUACGAAUGACUUUACCAUUCCAAAGAUUCUACCCUGUGGUCAUCACCUGUGUCGAGAAUGUGUCAUUUCCUGGAUGGAUUCGAAAUCUGCAGCUGGAUGUCCUCUGUGUCGAUGUCCUAUAGCACAGCAGUCAGAUGGAAGUUCGUCCGCCACUGUUGACGCCCUGCCGACAGACUUUGUGAUGGAAGCGCUGGUGGAGAGCGCUCGUGUACUGAGUAAAGAUCACCUUUGUUGUGUGUGUGAGGACGUCAGGGCGGACUUCAUCUGUAUGCAGUGUCAGGACAUGUUGUGUUCAGCGUGUGCCAAUGUUCAUAAGAAGCUCUCAGUAAGCCGCAGUCACGAUGUGGAGAGUGUCAGCACUGUGACACCUGAACGUCUGGCUGCCAGCCGCCCUGCACUGUGUGCUGACCACGGCGACAAACAGGCGGAGUUCUUCUGCCGCGAGCACCGCCUCGCUGUCUGCUCAGCCUGUAGGUCUCACAAACACAAAGUAUGUCGAGAAACAAACUAUCUUGAAGAUGAAAAAGAAUUAGCCCAAAAUUCACUGAACGACCUAAGAAAGAUUCUUGUAGAAGCGGAGCAGAAGCUAGAGCAGGCUAUAGGUCAGGUGACGUCAUGUCUACAGGAAGUUGAUGUCAGCGAACAAGAAGACAUGGCGCAGGUAGACAAGUCAUGUGAUCGUCUUCAGAAGCUGGUGGAAGAUUUUUGUAACAAGUUAAAGGAAAACACUCGCACGUCACAUCUCAAAAUCAGGAAUUCAUUACGUGAAGUGAAGACUAACUUUAGCAACCGUCUCGGGAAGGUGACGUCACACAAACACAUUUUGACGCGAGCCACGGCGGUGUCACCACGUCCUGCACUGAUACACAUGACACAGACUCUGACAGACAGGGUCAUCGGCCUUGACCUUAGCGCUGAACUGCACCAAGAGGUGUGGGUAAAACCCUUGUCAAGUGUAGAAUGGUGUCAAGAAGUUGCGGGUCGGAUAGAAAACGAACUCGUGAAGUUCAGUCAACAGAACACAGAGUCAGAGCCAGCAGCCUUUGUGUUCCAUGAAAACUGCGGAACCAACAUCCGUCUGAAGAACUUUAAGAUGACCGCCAAGAAAAUUGAGCCGUAUACAUUGGGCAACGGGCAGGUUGUGUCUCGUGACGCUAUGUCGACGAACGUCUUGUAUGAAGUAUGAUGAUUAUUAGUAGUAAUAUUUUUUUUAAAGUGCUACGGUAAAACAUUUAAUGUCAUUCACACCUAUUUCUCUUAUAUCACAGUGAUGAAAACAAAACAAUCAUUCUGAAUUUUUGCUUCAAAUCGUGAAGACAAUUUGAAAGCUUAUCUCGAUGGAUUGAGUAGUAUCAUAACAUAAUGUCUCUGGUCACGCUUUUUGUUUAAUUUAUAGUAAGAGAGAGGCAGUAUGUAGAUCAAGUACUCGCCCUAAUUAGCUGUCACAUAUUGGCAUGUCAUGAUAGUGUAAUGUUGACACAGGUCAGAGUGGACGCAGUAUCAGCAAGAUACAGUGAACUAUUCGUGGGUGUCACAGGAAUCCCUCCUGACCAGCUGCUAGUGACAAACGGGUCCAUUGACCUGAAAGACCCCGUCAUUGUAGGGCCCAGUUUUGUCCUCC